AUGUCUCCUUCGACCCCUUCCGACCUCAAAGAGCAUGUGUUUGCUACAAUCCGCCCCACGAUGCAAGAAAGUGAAAUUUGUGAAGCUCACUGUGUUGCUCGUCGCCUCAACUGGUGUCUGCCUCUGCCCGCCGACCGCGCCAUUUGGAUUCAAAUUCUCGAACAGCCCUUGGCCACGUCUCCGGAACAGUUGGGGGAAAUCGUCAAUCUAGAACGUGUGCCUCUGACUCGGUCCCAGCGGCCUACUGGACAUAUUUCCUUCUAUAUUCGGACUUUCAGCUUCAAGGCAUUCGAACUACGGAAGGUCAUCGACAACAUAUCGAUCAAUGGCCAUGACAAGUGUCACAUACUCCAGGCAUGGGCUAGACUUUUGCAAACGAUUGACCCUACGGCAUCUUUACAUGCUACCUUAUUGCUCUAUCCGGACGUUGUGCGCGACGCAAUCGUCCAGGAGAUUUGCCACGGAGGUGUGAUUAAUACCGAAGCAGGUGGCAGAUUCCUUCAUGAGCCGUCGUUGAAUGACGAAAGGUAUUUCAAGCUUCUGUCAACUCGGGUUGUCCAACAGAUUGGAAACCAGGAACUUACACAUCUCAUCUCAUCAAACAAGCAACUUCAAAUUGAAGCACUUGCUAAGGAGAUCCAAGCUUACGCCAACACCCACCAAUACGAAACUGGAACAUCAAAGUAUCCGUUUCUCAAGCCACAACUUGACUCACUUGUCCGGAACUUGGAAUUUUCUACUCUGAGGAACGGGUGGACACCCUUCCUAACACUCGGCGCCGAGAUUACCCAGAGCGCGUUUCGUAAUCACGACAGCAAAUCAUUUUUCCUAGGAUCCUCUAAAUCUGCUCAUCUUGCCACAACCACUUAUGAUCACUUUGGAUCGUGGGAAACGACCCCAGCUGAUGACAAGACUACCAUCACCUCUCGCAUGGUUGCGUGCAAUCAUCUUCCAUUCAUCAAUCUCUUCAACUGGCCGAAGACAGAUGACGCUACCAUUAAUGACGCAUUGCAAUUUUUGAAGCGGUAUUUUGAACUCACUCAACCUGUAGUGGUUAUGACAUAUGGCCAUUUGCUUUCGUUUGCUGCCCUCGAAGUUUUUGAUCCUAUGAUCAGCAUAAAGAACGACUCCUUUGAACUCUUAGAUCAUGUCGGUAAUCUUUAUAUGCGCAAGUUCCCGAACGAAUCCGAAAAUGACCCGAUAGCCUUUAUUGUCCUUCCAUACUCCAUCCAGGCCGGGUUGCUCACCACGGGGGGUUGA